CUGUAUGAAAAACCUGUUUGGGAGGUUGCACGAAGUGAGACUAUAAAAUGCUUGACAUGCAACAUGCUUGGAGAAAGGGCAGUAGCUCUGGUUCACCUGUUUCACUCCCGCGCAUCAGUACACACCAUAAUCAUGCAGCACUGGAUGUUCUGUGUCUUAUUUUUAUUCUUUGUGUUCUGUGACGUCUCUACACAAAGGAAAAAAAAGACAGUCCAAACUCUUUCAAGAGGCUGGGGCGGUGACAUCACCUGGGUUCAGACGUAUGAGGAGGGACUGAAUAAAGCGCAUGUGAGUAAGAAGCCACUGAUGAUCAUUCAUCAUUUGGAGGAUUGUCAGUACAGUAAAGCUCUGAAAAAGGCCUUUUCUGAACAUUCAACUAUUCAAAGGCUGGCCAAAUCAGAUUUCAUCAUGCUCAAUUUAGUGCAUGAAACCACCGAUAAAAACUUGGCCCCUGACGGCUUCUAUGUCCCCAGGAUCAUGUUUGUUGAUCCCUCAAUGACUGUGCGAGCUGAUAUCACUGGAAAGUACGCCAACCGGAUGUACACGUACGAGUCAGAAGACAUGGACUUCUUGGCAGAGAACAUGAUGAAAGCCAAGAUCCUGCUUAAGAGUGACCACGAGGGACAUGUUGAUCUGUGAUGGAUAGAUAACAGCUUACCUCUUCCAAGACUUGCACACAGGUUUCUUUGUGCAACUAGCAAUAUUCAACUUUGAGUUUGUUAGUGUUAACAAUGUUUCUGUGUUCAUUCACCUUUUACAGCAAUAAAUAAUGUAAAUGUAUUAAAGAGGAGGAAUAUAAGAAACAGUCUCUGGGUUCACUUGACCUAUUAGCCAACACAAAGUGCUCUACUUGACAAAGAUCACCAGGAAUAAACAGUUGGUUGAAAUACUAAUUCCAUUAACUAGUAAGCAAGGCAAAGACGUCCUCCAUUAUAUAAGGAUAAAGAGACAUGACUUGUCUGUGAUUUGCAGAAUAAGAGUCAUCAUGUGAGUCACAAUGAGGAUAAAUUCAAGCAUCUAGCAGUAUGUAAUGACACAGAGUAUACACUAGAUGGCAGAGCACACUAAGUACAGAAGUAAGCCAGUGUCAAAAUCAUUCAUUUUAUGCUAUAAGCAAAUAAGCUUAAGCUCUAAGUAAAUUACUAAUACAAUAUCAAUGUGUUAAUUUAGUCAUAAAUAUUAAUUAUAAUUAAUUAAAAGGUGGAUUUAA